UUAAAGAAGCACGUGAGUUUAUUGUGUGUAUAUACACCUAUUCCAUAUUUCCAUUACGUGGCCCCCUACCACACGGCGCACGGUUGACGAGUUCAGCAAGGUGGUUUCAAAUAGUUAGCCUUCGUCGCGAACUGGUUUCAUACCGUCAUUUAAACGCGCAUCCCAUGUAGUAGUAACGUUAUUAUAUAUUCAAAAGUUCUUGUUCCUUCGUCGCUCUCAGACGUCGUCGUCGUCAUCGUCUUCUUCUACUACUACUUCUUCAUCGGAAACAUAGGUUCCAUAGAUGGUGCCCGAAACAUUCCCUUCGAAGUAAUAUGCUGUAGUAGAUUUGCGCAAAUCGAAUGCCGAAGAAUUGGUGUGUUUGUACAACGUUGCCACCACAAACGCUAGGAUGUCAUGGGUGCGGUAACUAACGCGGCUCUACUACGUGUGUCGGUGCAGCGCGAAAAUCGAAUUCACCUGUGCAACAACACUAAUCAAACGUCGAAUCCUCCUUAUUGAUUCCAUCAGUCCACAUACACCUUCAGAAACUGUGCCUCAGUGUUCGGACUAACAUUUCUUUUAUAAUUUGUUUCAUUAUUAUUUCAUCUAUUAAUUUCGAAUAAUGUAAUCCUCCUUAGCGCUCGCUAUUUUUCCUGCAAUAGUUUUAUUUUUUCGUUCGUUUCUUUUCUCUUCAAAUGGUGAAAUGAUCGUUUAAAAGUGCGCGCGGAUAUGGCGGAUAACAACAAGCCCUUGUAUUCGACAUGUGUUGCCAUUUUGGGAUUCGUUUGCUUCAUCGUGGGUGCUACCGCCGUUGGUUUGCCCAUCUGGGGUUACUUCGAUAGCAGUUCUGGGAUUCCAGGAGACGAAAAAGGUUAUUUCGGCCCGUGGAAAACCUGCAAAUUGCUGCUGUACCACAGGGAGCGCUGCGGAAAGGACGACUCCAGAUUCCGACCUUCAAUCGCAGUAUGGGUGGCUGGGAUCGUGGCCGCCUCCGGUGUGGCCAUCCUCGGAGUCUUUUGUUUCCUCAGCAUUCUCCAGUUAGCGAUGUUGAGUUCGAAGGAAAAGGUUCUUAUGAAGUACAGCGUCGUGGUGAUCAUGAAACUAGCGAUGGGAUUGCUUGCAACGUUGCUGGCGAUAGCGGCUGCAGGAUUGUUUGCUCUCCAGGCGGACGAAAGAGAUAACAAUGGCUUCCAGAUAACUAGGGGACCAGCAUUUUAUAUACAAAUUAUGCUAAUACUAUUAAAUUCAAUCCUAUUCGUUAUGUCGUUGUAUGAUAUGAUAUUUGCAAGACGCGACGGAGGAGAUCCAACGACAGUCACAGCGACGACAGAGGCCACGACGUACGGGAAUCCCGGCUUCAGGGAUCGACCUAAUCCUGGACCUGGUGGAAUCUCGAUGACGGAUGCGAGUGGCAGACCGUACUCAUCAGCUACGAACGGUAGCAUGAUGUCGAUGAACACUACAUCGACGGCCAUCGGUUCGAACGGAUCCACUUUAUCCUCCGUGACUAGAUCUCCUUUGCGGUCCAGCCUGAAGAAGCCCAAACCGAACAACGGUCUCGGCAUCCAGAAUCCCGGAUACUCGGGAUCAUCUCCUACAUUCUCGCGAAACGGCAGUGUGAAGAAGGUUCGGAUACAAACGCAUAGUACUGAAGUGUGAUAUUUAUUUAACAAACAAACAAAAAAAGAAA